AUGGAAGCCUUGGCCAGAGGGCUCAGCAAGAAAGACACUAAGUUCCCUAGGGUGAUCACUUGCCCACAUGAAAUGGUUGCUAUGUCCAUGGCCGAUGGUUUUGCUAGGCUUACAGGGCAGCCCCAGUGUGUGCUUGUCCACGUUGAUGUGGGCACACAGAUGCUUGGGUGUGCCGUCCAUAACGCCUCAGUCGCUCGCUGCCCCGUCCUGAUAUUCGCUGGUCUCUCCCCCUUCACGAUAGAAGGAGAGAUGAGAGGCUCUCGGACCGAGUAUAUCCACUGGCUACAGGAUGUACCUGACCAGAAAGCAAUUGUGGCACAAUAUUGCCGAUACAGCGCCGAAAUCAAGACCGGCAAGAACAUCAAACAAAUGGUUAACAGAGCCCUGCAAUUUUCUACUAGUGAUCCAAAGGGUCCUACUUACAUCGUAGGUGCUCGAGAAGUCAUGGAAGAGGACAUCAGUCCUUAUCAUCUAGAUCAAAGUAUCUGGGAAGGCAUUGAACCUGCGGCGCUUCCUCCGCAAGGCGUCGAAACGGUGGUCAACCUCCUGGCUGAAGCAGAAAAGGGUCUAGUUAUCGUCGGAUAUACUGGCCGCAAUCACGCAACGGUUCCAGAACUUGUGAAACUAGUUGAGUCUAUCCCUGGUACCCGCGUACUUGAUACCUUAGGAAGCGACGUAUGCUUUCCAUACACCCACAGAUCAUCGUUGGGGGUACGGAUAGGAAAGGACCAGAGUAUCCGAGAAGCUGACGCUAUCUUAAUCAUCGACUGUGAUGUACCCUGGAUUCCAACUCAGUGUUCCACACGACCAGAUACUAAAAUCGUUCAUAUUGAUGUGGAUCCUCUCAAACAAAACAUCCCGGUUCAUUAUGUUCCUGCCUAUCGUAGAUAUCGUGCGGACUCUGAGACCGCGCUCAAGCAGCUGAACUCCUAUAUCUCAACACACCAGAAAUACUCGCAGCUAAGCACAAAAGAGCCAUAUGCCUCUCGCUGGAAUAAGUUGGCUGAGGAGCGACGACAGGUUCUUGACAAGGCAGCAAUACUUGCUGCCCCUCCUCAGAAUGACCAACUACCCCCAAGUACGUCCUAUUUAUGCUCACAACUACGCAAGCAGUGUCCUCAAGACACCAUCUGGACUGUCGAAGCUGUGACAAAUGCCAUGUUUGUCUACGAGCAAUUGCAAGUUGAUGAGCCUGGCCAUCUCAUUAAUGGAGGAGGUGGUGGCCUCGGCUGGUCUGGGGGUGGCACCAUAGGAGUGAAACUUGCUUCUGACUGGCUAGCUGGAGGAUCAGGCAAAGGCAAAUUUGUCUGUGAGCUCGUAGGUGACGGAACAUAUAUGUUCGGUUCACCAUCAACGGUUUAUUGGAUUGCGCGAAGAUAUAGUUUGCCAACGCUGACUGUAGUGUUAAGCAACAAAGGUAUGACUUCCCCAAAGAUAGACCCCAACCAAGCGCACUGA